CCCAUUCAAGAAAUUUAGAACCAGGAACAGAUAUAGCCCUUGGUUCUCCCCAGACCUGACUGCCCUUAACCAACACAAAAACAUCCUAUGGCGUUCUGCAUUAGCAUCGAACAGCCCCCGUGAUAUGCAGCUGUUCAGGGAAGCUAGAAACCGUUAUACACAGGCAGUUAGAAAAGCCAAGGCUAGCUUUUUCAAGCAGAAAUUUGCUUCCUGCAACACUAACUCUAAAAAGUUCUGGGACACUGUAAAGUCCAUGGAGAAUAAGAACACCUCCUCCCAGCUGCCCACUGCAUUGAAGAUAGGAAACACUGUCACCACUGAUAAAUCCACCAUAAUUGAGAAUUUCAAUAAGCAUUUUUCUACGGCUGGCCAUGCUUUCCACCUGGCUACUCCUACCCCGGUCAACAGCACUGCACCCCCAACAGCAACUCGCCUAAGCCUUCCCCAUUUCUCCUUCUCCCAAAUCCAUUCAGCUGAAGUUCUUGAAAGAGCUGAAAAAUCUGGACCCCUACAAAUCAGCCGGGCUAGACAAUCUGGACCCUUUCUUUCUAAAAUUAUCUGCCGAAAUUGUUGCCACCCCUAUUACUAGCCUGUUCAACCUCUCUUUCGUGUCGUCUGAGAUUCCCAAAGAUUGGAAAGCAGCUGCGGUCAUCCCCCUCUUCAAAGGGGGGGACACUCUUGACCCAAACUGCUACAGACCUAUAUCUAUCCUACCAUGCCUUUCUAAGAUCUUCGAAAGCCAAGUCAACAAACAGAUUACCGACCAUUUCGAAUCUCACCAUACCUUCUCUGCAAUCUGGUUUCAGAGCUGGUCAUGGAUGCACCUCAGCCACGCUCAAGGUCCUAAACGAUAUCUUAACCGCCAUCGAUAAGAAACAUUACUGUGCAGCCGUAUUCAUUGAUCUGGCCAAGGCUUUCGACUCUGUCAACCACCACAUCCUCAUCGGCAGACUCGACAGCCUUGGUUUCUCAAAUGAUUGCCUCGCCUGGUUCACCAACUACUUCUCUGAUAGAGUUCAGUGUGUCAAAUCGGAGGGUCUGCUGUCCGGACCUCUGGCAGUCUCUAUGGGGGUGCCACAGGGUUCAAUUCUUGGACCGACUCUCUUCUCUGUAUACAUCAAUGAGGUCGCUCUUGCUGCUGGUGAGUCUCUGAUCCACCUCUACGCAGACGACACCAUUCUGUAUACUUCCGGCCCUUCUUUGGACACUGUGUUAACAACCCUCCAGGCAAGCUUCAAUGCCAUACAACUCUCCUUCCGUGGCAUCCAAUUGCUCUUAAAUACAAGUAAAACUAAAUGCAUGCUCUUCAACCGAUCGCUACCUGCACCUACUCGCCUGUCCAACAUCACUACUCUGGACGGCUCUGACUUAGAAUACGUGGACAACUACAAAUACUUAGGUGUCUGGUUAGACUGUAUACUCUCCUUCCAGACCCAUAUCAAACAUCUCCAAUCCAAAGUUAAAUCUAGAAUUGGCUUCCUAUUUCGCAACAAAGCAUCCUUCACUCAUGCUGCCAAACAUACCCUUGUAAAAUUGACCAUCCUACCAAUCCUCGACUUUGGCGAUGUCAUUUACAAAAUAGCCUCCAAUACCCUACUCAACAAAUUGGAUGCAGUCUAUCACAGUGCAAUCCGUUUUGUCACCAAAGCCCCAUAUACUACCCACCAUUGCGACCUGUACGCUCUCGUUGGCUGGCCCUCGCUUCAUACUCGUCGCCAAACCCACUGGCUCCAUGUCAUCUACAAGACCCUGCUAGGUAAAGUCCCCCUUAUCUCAGCUCGCUGGUCACCAUAGCAUCUCCCACCUGUAGCACACGCUCCAGCAGGUAUAUCUCUCUAGUCACCCCCAAAACCAAUUCUUUCUUUGGCCGCCUCUCCUUCCAGUUCUCUGCUGCCAAUGACUGGAACGAACUACAAAAAUCUCUUAAAUUGGAAACAAUUAUCUCCCUCACUAGCUUUAAGCACCAACUGUCAGAGCAUCUUACAGAUUACUGCACCUGUACAUAGCCCACCUAUAAUUUAGCCCAAACAACUACCUCUUUCCCAACUGUAUUUAAUUAAUUAAUUAAUUUUGCUCCUUUGCACCCCAUUAUUUUUAUUUCUACUUUGCACAUUCUUCCAUUGCAAAACUACCAUUCCAGUGUUUUACUUGCUAUAUUGUAUUUACUUUGCCACCAUGGCCUUUUUUGCCUUUACCUCCCUUCUCACCUAAUUUGCUCACAUUGUAUAUAGACUUGUUUUUUUACUGUAUUAUUGACUGUAUGUUUGUUUUACUCCAUGUGUAACUCUGUAUCGUUGUAUGUGUCGAACUGCUUUGCUUUAUCUUGGCCAGGUCGCAAUUGUAAAUGAGAACUUGUUCUCAACUUGCCUACCUGGUUAAAUAAAGGUGAAAUAAAAAAAAUAAACUAGGAUGCCCUCAGAAAUAAAAUACAUGUUUGUAUUGAUAUCCUCACAAUCCAAUUUAUCUACAUAAUCACCCCAAGGCAAAAUACCGGUAUGUAACACAAUCCAUAACAGCGUUAUUUCCUGAGUCCUGGCUGCGAACCGGUUUGGUAACUUCCUCCGUAGUGUAACAUUGUAAACCGAUAGAACCCUUUCCAGCAUGACACACUUGACAGUAAGAAAGACAACGCAAUUUACGCGCAUUCAACAUAGCCUACAUUUACGUUUGUAUUACUUAUAAAUAAAAUCACUUUUUGGGGUUCUCAUACGCUUACAACGAAGUUUUGAAUCUUGCUUGAACAGUCGCUAAGAUUAUUUGGUUGUGAUCUUUGUAAAAUAACUAUUUUGGAUGCAGCAGUUGUUAGCUAGAAUGCUAACGCUCGUUGACAUAGGCUGUAGCAAAAGCUAGCCAAAGAGCCAUUUUGCUGGUUGAAGUGUUUUUUAAAAAGUAUAAUGCAGUUGAUUUGCGAUGAUGACACAAGCAAUACAUUCAUACAAGGCUUAAAAUCAAAUUAUAACAAAAAGUAGUAUGAAAUGCACUCAUAAGCAACAUGUAAAUAUUGGCUCUUUCCCCUGUGUACUAUCAGAACUUCCCCUUGUUCUGCCAUCAAUUUACGCGCAUCGCCAUCGUGUGGCAAUGUGUGCAAACACAGAAAAGGGUCUAUAGACACCUUUCCAGUGACAUCAUAUCAUACUAUCCUCUCUCAGCCAGCGCUCCAACCAGCAGCCGAGGAUUGGCCAAUGGCCUGAUAGCGUGAGCUCUGCUCACCGAUGUGUUGUUCUUGAUUGGACGGUUCAGAUACAGAGAGGGCGGGACACCAAACCUGCGAACCCGAGUUUGUACUUAUCUCAUUAUCAUAAAAUAUUUAGCAUUCCUUAACCAUCUGACAUGUCGGGUGGAAUAAUAGUCAUGGUUUUUAAUAUUUUUCUUUUGGCUUAACGGAUAUUUAUAUAUAUUAAAUAUUACUGGGGCUACGAUCUGCUAAAGUAACUGAAAUAGGAUGCUCAAGUCUACGCCAGUAAAUAUAAUAUUUGUUCUUUUUGAAAUAAUAAUUGCUGAACUGUGAUGAGAUUUUAUUGGACAAUUGAUUCUAUUUCAUGAUCUUGGCUACUUUUUGUUUUUGCGAUUUAGUUUCAGGUUAUAGGUUAGGAAACAUUCUGAACAGUGGUCAUUUAUUGAAUGGGUUAGCCUAUUCAGUUCAAGUAGCCUAGUAUAAUAACAGAAUAAAGAUGUGGACUUUUCUUGGAAUUGCAAGUUUCACCUACAUUUAUAAGAAAUGCGACGCAGUUUUGGAGUAUGCUCACAAAGAGAUAAUCCUGGCGGCUGUAGUGUUCUUGGCAGUGGGGAUGCUGCUAUCCUAUGUCAGGUACCAACGACAUACAUUCAAGGUACCCCAAAUUCUACAAUUACCGCUGGAACUUUUAUUAUCCCUACCGGUCAUCAAUACAUUUAUACCGAAACCCUCAGCUGUCAGGCACAGGAGUGGAGAGAGCGGUUCAAAUAAGGGAGGUGUCAGGAGGAAAAGAGUGUGUUCCUCAGGCAUGGAGAGCCCCCCAGCAGCAGGGGACUCUCCUGCAUCUCAGGAGCCGGAUGUGAUCAUAGUAGGGGCGGGAGUCCUGGGGUCGGCCAUGGCUGUAGUGCUGGCCCGGGACGGCCGGAGGGUCACUGUGAUAGAGAGGGACCUGAAGGAGCCUGACAGGAUAGUGGGAGAGCUGCUGCAGCCUGGUGGAUACAGGGCUCUGCGAGAACUGGGAAUGGAGGGUUCAGUGGAGGGGCUGGAUGCCCACGUGGUGAACGGCUAUGUGAUUCAUGACAUAGAGAGCAGCACAGAGGUGGAGAUCCCAUAUCCCCAGGCAGACAGCAGUAUCCAGUGUGGCAGGGCCUUUCACCACGGACGCUUUAUCAUGGGCCUGCGCAGAGCCGCCCUCGCUGAACCAAAUGUUACGCUCAUAGAAGGCACCGUGUCCAGCCUGGAGGAAGAGGAUGGCUGUGUGACAGGAGUGCAGUACAGGGACAAGGAGACAGGAGACACAAAGGAGGUCCAUGCAGCAGUAACUGUAGUAGCUGACGGCUGUUUCUCAAAGUUCAGGAAGAGCCUGGUAGCUGGGAAGGCCCAGACCUCCUCUCACUUUGUUGGAUGUAUCAUGAAGAACUCUCCCCAGUUCAAGCCCCACCAUGCUGAGCUGGUCCUGGCCAACCCCAGCCCUGUCCUCAUCUACCAGAUCUCCUCCUCAGACACCAGGGUGCUGGUGGACAUCAGGGGAGAGAUGCCCAGGAACCUCACCGAGUACAUGGCUGAGAAAAUACACCCACAACUACCAGAACACCUAAAAGAGCCGUUCAUGGUGGCUCUGCAGAACGACCGGCUGAGGUCUAUGCCAGCAAGCUUCCUGCCUCCGUCCCCAGUCAACAAGCCAGGUGUGCUCCUGCUGGGUGACGCCUACAACAUGAGACACCCUCUGACCGGAGGAGGGAUGAGUGUGGCCCUCAAUGACGUCCUGAUCUGGAGGAGCCUGAUGAAGAACAUCCCUGACCUGUACGACAACACAGCCAUGCUCCAGGCAAAGAAAAAAUUCCACUGGGAACGCAAGUCAUCACAUUCCUUUGUGGUGAAUGUGUUGGCUCAAGCCCUGUACGAGUUGUUUGCUGCAACAGACAAGUCUCUCCACCAGCUGAGAAAGGCAUGCUUCCUUUACUUCAAGCUGGGUGGGGAGUGUGUCAACGGUCCCAUUGGUCUUCUCUCAGUGUUGACGCCCAGUCCGAUGACUCUGAUUGGACACUUCUUUGCCGUGGCCUUCUACGCCAUCUACUACAGCUUCAAGUCUGAGUCGUGGUUCACCAAACCCCGAGCCUUAUUCACGAGUGGAGCUAUCCUGUACCGCGCCUGUACCGUCAUGUUUCCCCUCAUCUACUCUGAGUUCAAGUACCUGGUGUACUGAGCAGUGAUCUAAUCUGAGCCCUAAACCCAGUGGAACGCACACCAGCCUUAGACAACAGGGUUGUAUUCAGUAGUGCACAAACAUAGCAAAACAUUUUGCAAUGGAAUACGAACAAGUUCAGGUUGUCUCCUACACUGUUUCUGCCUGUUUUCUUCCAUUUAGUUUCUAGUGAAUACGUUUACUGAGCAGUGCCAUCACUGACCCCUGGUGGAGAACACACACACACACACCUUAUGUUGACAUGACAUACAAACAGUAUAGUGACCUAAAGAUGCACUAUGAAAGUGUAGUUAACUGUCAAGUCAUUUUGGCUGUAUGUAUGAUUUAUAUGGAACCACGAGGCAUGCCACUUUCUGGACAAUGUUUCUAUCCAUUUAGGCCAGGGAUCCCUUUUGUCUCAAGCGCACCCCUAGAGGCAAAAGAUCUGUAUAGCCUCUUUAAUAUUACACCAUCCUAUAAUCACUAUCAACAGGGAUGCCGUCCAGGUCUCUAAUGUGACCAUUAUUCAGUGCUGAAGCCUUUGACCUUGAUCAUAUGCCUUUGUCUGCUCAAUGAUAAGACGACUUCUGAGGACGAUGUCUAAAUUGACGCUGACAAUUAUUUAGUAAUGCCUUGUAUAUUCAGAAUUUACAUCACAACCAUGCAUUUACGUAGUGUAACAGACAAUACGUAAUAAGAGGUUUGCGUUAACUCUUAAUUGCAAAUUUGACCAAAUAACCAGCUGAAUAUACAGUAGGACUGACUACAGAUGUCUGUCUAACCACUUUGCUGCUAAUUGAACAUGAGAACAAAAAAUGUCCGUCCUGCUUGUAAACUACUGUGGUUGUCUUCUAUUUCUCUUCAUGCCAAUGAUUUCUUUCAACACUUACAGUUGUUUCCCCCACACGAAGCGGAGUGUGAAUGACAGCUCAAACACAGUUGGAUGUUUGUCUACCCUUAUUCCAAACGGUGUCCUUAUUUUGUUCUGAAAAAGUAUGGAUCCUUGUACAUUUACAAUCAAAUGAUAAUGUAUUAAACUGUUUGAUUGGUUCAAGUCA